GCGUGACACAACCCAACCCAACGAUAAAAAGCCCAGCGCUGCUCCGUUCCAGCUCCCGCGCCUACUCCACUGACUCCAGCGCUCUGUCCGACGGCCGCAGCGAUGCCCAACCCCGCCGCAUCCCCGGUACCGGUGCCCGGCGCCGCCACUCGCCGCCGGCGGAGGAAUAUCCUCCCGUCGUCGUCGUCGUCGUCUUCUUCGUCGUCCUCCUCCUCCUCCUUCUCUGCCACGGCGAUCCGCACGUCCGCCUCCGGCGCCUCCUCCUCGUCCUCCUCCGCCCCGCCCUUCUCGCCGGCGCCCUCGCCGUUCCACCACCGCUUCCUCUCCCCGCUGCGCGCCUCCGCGGUGCCCUUCUCCUGGGAGCACCGCCCGGGCAUCCCCAAGACGCCCGCGCGGCGCGCCAGCGGCAGCAAGGCCAAGACGCCGGCGGCGCUGCCCCUCCCGCCCUCCCUCCUCUCCAGCAAGGUCAGCGCCGUCGACGGGACCUUCUCCUCCGCCGACGGCUACCUCGUCGUCCCGCCCGACGCCAAGGCGAGGCGGCGGCGCAGGCGGCCGCCGGCGCUGGCCGCCUCUCUCACCGACUGGCUCGCCGUGCUCAGCCUCUACCGGUCGUGCACGCGGUCCCGCGACUGCCUCGCCCGCACGCCGCCGCUGCGCCCCCGCGCUCCGGCGCCGGCGAAGGCCCGUCUCGUCGAUCGGCUCACCACUCACCAGUGAGCCAGGUCCGCGCGUGUCCGGUGCUCCCGGUCCUUCGCCGGGUGUUGCGGUUGCGGAUUGAGAAUGUGAGUAGGAUUAAUCACGCCUGGCUAGCUUUGACACUGUAAUUAAGGUGGUUUCCCCCGCCCCAUGUUUGUUCCAGCCAAUAAUAAUUGGUUCAUCCGGACUUGAUGCCGCUGAUGAUAGCCUGCUAGUGAUGCGUUUGCAUGCCGGUGAGGUGAGUAAGCUUGUCUCACCGUUAAUUAGGUUGUAAGCUUGUUCGCUGAUUGGUGAGUAAGACACAGUUAGUGUCAAUUAUGAAAAAGACCACUUGCGACAAGAUGGAUAUGCAUAUGCUGUACUAUAGUUAUGUUUGGUUGAGCUUUUUCCGAAAAGUUGGUUACGGAGAGAA